GUGUUUCUGGUUGUGGCGAACUUUCGAGUGCGGGGGGCCCGCGUGACGGACUGCCGCGUUUCCUUCUCGGACACUCUCAUAUCGCUGGAGGGCGGCGCGGCCAAGAGCCAGCGGGAGCUGCUGGCAGCUGUACGUACACUGCAGCGCGCGCAGGCCCUCGGCGGCAGCUCCUUGACUUUCACUUUUAUAAAACAACCCCACUCGGGGGCUGCCUUUUACGACGAGGGUUUGGCGCUGUGCCUCCCCGGCGAGCGGCAGCAGCAGCAGCAGCAGCAACCCUGUGUGCUGCGCGUGCCUGCAGCAGCAGCAGCACGUGCUGCUCAGCAGCAGCCUCUUGCGGCCCUCACCUACGACAGCAGCCAGGGCCAGCUGGGGGCCCCCGAGGCCCCCGCGCUCUUUUAUUGCUGCCACCCCGACAUCCUCGAGCAGCUGCCUCCGCAGCACGUGCAGCUCCUACAGCAGACCCCCGUGGAGUGCCUGGUCUCUUCGGUCUACUUCAAAUUCGCCGCAAAGUACGGGGGCCCCCCCCCCUUCGACGCAGACCUGUGCCCGCUGCUGAGACCCCCGUGGCUGGGGGCCCUCAAGGCCCUCAAGGCCAAGCCGGGGGGCCCCCGGGGGGCCCCCCUCAGCAGCAGCAAGGGGGGCCCCCACAGCAGCAGCAAGGAAGAAGCAGGGGCCCCCAAGCGCAGGACGUUCGUCUGCAUUGUGGACGGAGAGGAAGACCCCGACGCCUCAGUGAACAGGUGCUGCUAG